UUUGAUGUUCUGCCUCAGAAUUCCCUCAGGUUCUGGACCUGAGGAGCUUGGGGCUGGGCAGUGAGAUGUUCUCUGGCCGCUGUGGCUGGUUUGGGUGGUGGAAAGGGCUUUUUGUACCCCAAGGGCCCACCAUGUGUCUGGCUGGGGCUUCUUGCUGUGGGAGGGCCCAGUCCCCUGUCUCUCUGCUGAAAAUAGCUGGGGACCCCCAUGCCCUCAGGCCACAGCGCCAGAAAUCUGUUGGCUGAUGAGAGAGGGACAUAAAACCACGGGGAGCCAGGAGCGGCUUCGGCCGGGCAGGAACGCUGCCCUGCAGGAAUGCUGUCAGGGAGGAAAGCUGCUUUCCCAGCCUGCUGCCUUCCCAGCUCACUGCUGUGGCUGCUGGGGUGGGUUUUUCUAUUUCUGUUUGUGAAAAGGCUGCCCCUGUAAUUACGAGGUGAUUUAACGCCCUGUCUGAGCUGUCGUUCACAGCUGCCGGACACAGCUCAGCAGGGACUCCCCAGCUCGGCAAAGUCUCUCCUUGAGCCACUCACACCUCAGGCAGUGCUCCCUGUGUCUCUUCCUCGCUUCAAAAUGUCCCUCUCGCACACGGCUGCUGAGUACAUGCUCUCUGAUGCUCUGCUCCCGGAUCCCAGCAGUUCCCGAGCCAAGGGCUUGCGGCUGGAGCUGCCGAGCGAUCGCCUGCUGAAGUUUGUCACCGUGGGGCUGCCCCUCUUCCUCGUCUCACUGGCUUUCGCCCGGGAGUUCUCUGCUGGCUCCCAUAUCAGCUGCUUCUCUCCCACCAACUUCACGGGGAAGCAGUCCGCCUACACCGACACGGCCUGCUGGGACUCCCUCAUCCACCAUGGCUUUGAUGCCGAUGGCCAUGCCAUCACCAAAUCCCUCUGGGCUCUCAAGGUCUUCCCCUACUCGCUGCUGGUGGUGGCGGUGCUGAUGUACCUGCCGUACCUGCUGUGGCGAUACGCUGCCGCCCCCGCGCUGCACUGCGACCUCCUCUUCAUCAUCGACGAGCUGGAUAAAUCCUACAACCGCUCCGUGCGCCUGGUGCAGCACAUGAAGAAGGUCCAGCAGGCCAGUGCCGAGCCGGAGCAAUUCUGGGAGGAGUAUGAGAGGGCCCGCCGGGAGAGGUAUUUUGAGUUCCCGUUGCUGGAGCGGUACCUGACCUGCAAGCAGCACGCCCAUGCCCUGGUGUUCACCUACAUCCUGCGGAACCUGCUGCUGCUCCUGUUCCUGGUUGCCACCUGCCUCUACCUGGUCUUUCUCCACCUUAACAUCUUCUUCCAGGAUGAGUUCAGCUGCUCCAUCAAAACGGGGCUGCUCCAGGCAGAGCCGCACAUCCCCCUGCUCAUCCCUUGCAAGCUGGUCUUCUUCUCCGUGUUCCAGAUCAUCAGCCUCUCCAUUGGCAGUGUCUAUGUGCUCCUCAUCCCCGUUGUCAUCUACAAUGCCCUGCAGCUCUGCCAGUGGGACAAGGGGCUGCUCUCUGUCUAUGAGAUGCUGCCUGCUUUCGACCUGCUCAGCCGCAGGAUGCUCACCUGCCCCCUCAACGACCUCAACAUCAUCCUGCUCUUCCUCCGUGCCAAUAUCUCCGAGCUGACCUCCUUCAGCCGCCUCAAUGCCGUCAGUGCCCUGAGGGAAGCCACUGCCAACAAGGAGGACAUCGACACUGUCAUCGAUUUCAUGACGCUGCUGGCUGGGCUGGAGACCACCAAGCCCAAACACCAAGCUUGUACCUCUGAGGCUGAAGGCAAUACAGCCCUCUCCAAUGGUGUGGCCCUAGAACCAAAGCCUGGAAUGGAAACGAUGGGAAAAGCCUCACGGGACUCGCUCGGCUCUGCCUGACCCAGAAGCAGACAGCAGGCAGGGAUCCUGUGAUCCCAGGAUCCACUUUUCUGACACAGCUGUCCUGCAGCAGCCAGGCUGGCUGGCUGGCUUUUCUCUUCUUAUGUACAUUUGUCCAGCAAAAAAAGGG